CACUAUUAUUUUCACCGGCCAGCGAUUUGCUUCUUCCGCCAUAUUAUUUCUUCUUGGUUCUUUUGACCACCAUUUUGCUUUCUUUCAAUUACCUUCUUGUAUUUUUUCUUUCUGUUCACAAUGGCCAAGGUCGACCAGAAAGUCGUUCUGAUUGUCAUCGAUGGCUGGGGUGUUUCAGGCCCUGAGCCGGAGAAGAAAGGCGAUGCCAUCCAUGCUGCGGAGACCCCCUACAUGAGCGGUUUUGCCGACUCCAAUUCGAAGACUGCUCAGGGUUACACCGAGCUGGAAGCCUCGUCGCUGGCAGUCGGUCUUCCCGAGGGUCUUAUGGGCAACAGUGAGGUUGGCCAUCUCAACAUUGGUGCUGGUCGUGUGGUCUGGCAGGACAGCGUUCGCAUCGACCAAACCCUUAAGAAGGGUGAGCUGAACAAGGUGGACAGCAUUGUCAAGUCUUUCACUCGUGCUAAGGAAGGCAAUGGCCGUCUGCACCUGUUGGGUCUGGUCUCUGAUGGUGGUGUUCACUCCAACAUCACUCAUCUGGUUGGUCUGCUCAAGGUCGCCAAGGAGAUGGAAAUCCCUAAGGUCUUCAUCCACUUCUUCGGUGAUGGACGGGAUACCGACCCCAAGAGCUCUGCCAAGUUCAUGCAGGAUCUCCUUGACAGCACCAAGGAGAUUGGCAUUGGUGAGAUCGCAACCGUCGUUGGACGCUACUGGGCUAUGGACCGUGACAAGCGCUGGGACCGAGUCGAGAUCGCCAUGAACGGUGUUGUCUCUGGUGUUGUCAAUGGCGAGGGCGAAGAAAGCGACGACCCAGUCAAGACCAUCAAGGAGCGCUAUGAGAAGAAGGAGACCGAUGAGUUCCUGAAGCCCAUCGUUGUCGGUGGCAAGGAAAGACGUGUGCAAGACGAUGACACUCUCUUCUUCUUCAACUACCGCUCCGACCGUGUUCGUGAGAUCACUCAGCUGUUGGGUGACUACGACCGCUCUCCUAAGCCCGACUUCCCUUACCCCAAGAACAUCGACAUCACCACCAUGACCCAGUACAAGACCGACUACACCUUCCCUGUUGCUUUCCCUCCCCAGAAGAUGGGCAACGUCCUGGCCGAAUGGCUCGGUAAGAAGGAACUCGAGCAGUGCCACGUCGCUGAGACCGAGAAGUACGCCCACGUCACCUUCUUCUUCAACGGUGGUGUUGAGAAACAGUUCCCCGGUGAGGUGCGAGACAUGAUUGCUUCGCCCAAGGUUGCCACCUACGACCUCGACCCUAAGAUGAGCGCUGCUGGCGUUGGCGAGAAGACCUCUGAGCGCAUUGGUGAGAAGAAGUUUGACUUCAUCAUGAACAACUUCGCUCCCCCCGACAUGGUUGGCCACACUGGUGUCUACGAGGCUGCUAUCCAGGGUGUUGCUGCCACUGACAAGGCUAUUGGUGCCAUCUACGAAGCCUGCAAGGCCAACGGCUACGCUCUGUUCAUCACUGCUGACCAUGGAAACGCCGAGGAGAUGCUCAACGAAAAGGGCACCCCCAAGACCUCCCACACCACCAACAAGGUUCCCUUCGUCAUGGCCAACGCCCCCGAGGGCUGGAGCCUCAAGAAGGAGGGCGGUGUUUUGGGAGACGUCGCUCCCACUGUUCUCGCUGCCAUGGGCAUUGAGCAGCCCGAGGAGAUGACUGGAACAAGUCUUCUGGUCAAGGCAUAAAUGUCUAGUAUAUAAUUUUCUCUUUUUGUUCUUCCAUGUUUUAGAUAUGGUGGCUAGUUAUGAAUAAAUGAACGGUUAUGAUGAAGCAUGGAUUGCAGGACUUUCGUGUCAUAAAUAGAGGUUCAAUGCAUGCCAUUAACAAGUAGUAAAUGUAUAUUUAUAUUUCAAUCGCUGCAACAGUGUCUCUUUAAAUAAAACGCACAGUUUAGAGUAAUAUCAUGAUUAUCUUU